UGACUGGACGACGUCAGCUAACUGUCCUCUGUUCGAAAAAGUUUCCAUUUCGGCGGCUGAGUUUCGUUCCAUAUCUCCAUCGCUCUCUUUUCCCCCCCAUCUUCUAAUGCUUUUCCGCCAUUUCAAUUUGGGUCUUCAUCAGAAACAAAGAUUUCAACUUUUACCCUCUUACAGCUAACUUAUUCUGACAGAGAUGGAGCUGUAUUCAGCGUGAAUACAGAGGAAGGAAAGAGUAACCCUUCAUGGCGGCCUCCCUAGCUGGUGACCAUCUAGGGUGGAAUGAGAGUAUUCAUCAAAUACUUCUGGAAGCGCAAAACCGGUGGCUGCGGCCUGCAGAAAUCUGUGAAAUUCUGCGCAACCAUGACAAGUUCCGUAUUGCACCAGAGCCCCAAAACAGGCCACCAAGUGGUUCGCUUUUCCUGUUUGACCGCAAGGUACUGAGAUACUUCAGAAAAGAUGGGCAUAACUGGAGGAAGAAAAGGGAUGGGAAGACUGUAAAGGAAGCUCAUGAGAGGCUCAAGUCUGGCAGUAUUGAUGUGCUGCACUGCUAUUAUGCACAUGGAGAAGGAAACGAGAAUUUUCAAAGAAGAACAUAUUGGAUGCUUGAAGAGGAACAAUCACGCAUAGUUCUUGUCCACUAUCGAGAAGUAAAGCAGGGGACUAGUAGGGCGAGCUUCUACCGUGUCAAAGACACUGCAGAGGCUAUUUCACACUCCCCAAACACAGACAACGGUGUAGGACAGAAUUCUGAGAUGGACACUUCUGUUUCAUCCAACUAUCACUCUAACAGCUACCAAAUGCCCACACAGACAACUGAAGACACAAUAAGCAUGGCCAGUGGCAAAGCUUCAGAAUACGAGGAUGUAGAAUCAGUGUACAAUCACCCGGCAUGUUCUGGAUUCGAUGCUAUUUUUCAGGGCCAACAGUCUAAUCCGUGCCUAAAUGUGUCUUGUUCGGGUGAUAAUACAGGGAAGUUGCCCGCUGUUUCCUCCUCGUUUGCUCAAAUCGGUGAGCUCAAAGAUGUUAGUGGUACUGGAUCAGAAUUUGAGCCACGAAGUCGAGUUGCAUUAUCAUCAUGGGACUUCGGAAACAGUAGUUAUGGAAUUGAGCACCUGCCAAAUGACUUCCCAUCUCCAAUACAAGCUGAUAUCGUGCCCAUUAAUCCCAGACAAGGAGAUAUGUUACUGGGGAACCUGUUUUUGAGUAGCUUUGGUAAAAGGCAGGAGUCUGCAACUCAUGUGGAAAUCCAAGAGCAAUGGCAGAAGGUACCAGAUGCCCACCAUAGGGUGAUGCCUGAGAAAGAAUCUGGCCAUGGUUCUUUCAUGAAGCAUCACAUGUUGGAUGUUUCUGUGGUUGAAGACAGUCUGAAAAAGCUCGAUAGCUUUAACCGUUGGAUGAGUAAAGAACUUGGAGAUGUAGUAAAUGAGUCACCUGCUCAAUCCACUUCUGCUACAUAUUGGCAAAGUGUAGAAAGUGAAGAUGGAAUUGAAAAUUCCAGUGUUCUGUCUCAAUCACACUUGGACCCGUAUUUGAUGACUCCAUCCCUCGCCAAUGACCAGCUUUUCACCAUCGUUGAUUUCUCACCGAACUGGGCAUACGUUGGCACAGAAGUGAAGGUCUUGAUCACAGGAAGAUUCUUGAAGAGCCAAGAAGACCUAGAAAACUGCAAAUGGUCAUGUAUGUUUGGAGAAGUCGAAGUUCCAGCUGAGAUUAUUGCAGAUGGUGUUCUCCGUUGCUAUAACCCUUUGCUCAAGGCUGGGAGAAUCCCAUUCUACAUCACUUGCUCGAACAGGAUAGCAUGCAGCGAAGUACGUGAAUUUGAAUUCCGUGUCAGCAUUGUCCAUGAUGUGGGCCCUGCCGACACUAACAACACUACUGAAAACCUCGAGAUGAGAUUUGAAAAGCUGUUAUGCCUGAGUCCAGUUUCCCCUCCGAAGCUCGAUGCAAGCACUUUAGGUGAAAAUGAAAUUUCCCAGUUGAGCAGUAAACUCAUAUUGUUGCUGAAAGAAGAAGGUGAUGAAUGGGAUUUGAUGGUGAGGUCGAUUUCAGAGGCACAGUUUUCAGCUCAGAAAGUGAAGGACCAGCUUCUUCAGAAACUGUUGAAGGAUAAACUGCAUGAUUGGCUGUUGCAGAAGGUAACCGAAGGUGGGAAGGGUGCAAGUGUAUUGGACGAAGGUGGACAAGGGGUGCUGCAUUUGGCAGCUGCUCUGGGGUUUGAUUGGGCCCUUGAGCCUACGAUCGUUUCUGGUGUGAGAGUCGAUUUCCGGGAUGUCAAUGGGUGGACUGCACUUCAUUGGGCUGCUUGUUGUGGCAGGUAAGCAAAAAAGAAUGAGAACUACUUAAGUCUUUGUUUCAUGAAAGUUGCUUGUGAUUUUGCUUUAGUGAAUCAUAUAUAUUUUGAGCUCCAAUGUCAUAUCAUAGCAAAUUUGAAUGAGAAGUCAAGAACUUUUUGAAGGAGGGAGCGGACAGUUGCUUCUCUAUUACAUCUUGGAGCAGCACCCGGAGCACUGACAGAUCCCACUCCCGGAAACCCUACAAGUAGAACGCCAGCCGACUUGGCCUCUGCAAACGGUCACAAAGGGAUCGCUGGUUUCCUUGCUGAAUCUGCUUUGACUUCACACUUCACUACGCUCGCUCUGGACAAGCAGCAGGGUGGUAAUAAUGGUGUUCCCAUCGGCUCUGCUGCAAAUAAUGUUCAACCUGUCCCAGGACCUUGGGCGACACCAGACGACAAUAAAGGACAGUCCUUGAAAGAGUCGCUAGAUGCUCUGAGCAAUGCCACUCAAGCUGCUGCUCGUAUUCACCAAGUGUUCAGACUGCAGUCAUUUCAAAGAAAGCAGCUAAAAGAGCGGGGUGGUGGGAAGCUAAGAAUAUCAGACGAAGAAGCACUUUCCUUCAUCAAAGUGAAGGGAACCAACAAGAAGCCUGACGAGCCAGUGCAGGCUGCUGCAGUGAGGAUUCAGAACAAGUUCCGGAGUUGGAAAGGCCGGAGAGAGUUCUUGGUUAUCCGGCAACAAAUUGUUAAGAUUCAGGCCCUCGUAAGAGGACACCAGGUGAGGAAGAACUACAAGAAGAUCAUAUGGUCAGUGGGGAUCGUGGAGAAGGUGAUACUUCGAUGGAGAAGGAAGAGAAGCGGUCUCCGAGGAUUCAAACCCGAUUCCCUUACUGAAGGUCAAAGCAUAAGCGUUCAGCAACAUUCAUCACCAAGGGAAGAUGAUUACGAUUUCUUUAAAGAAGGAAGGAAGCAAACUGAAGAAAGAUCAAAGAUUGCUCUUGCGAGGGUUAAGUCUAUGGUUCAGUAUCCAGAAGCCAGAGACCAAUAUCACAGGCUUCGAAACGUAGUCACAGAGAUCAAGGAGACAAAGUCUGCUCAAAGUUCUGAAGCAGCAAGGUCCGAUUUUGAUGACCUUGUUGAUCUCGAAUCACUGUUGGAUGAAGAUAUUUUCAUGCCAACUGUUUAGGCAUGAAUCAAGUGUACAAUAUUGGCAACAGCUAUCGAAAAACAUGUAUAAAGCAGCAAAAUUGCAAUGUUGCAGACGAAAUUUGUCAAAUGUUGUAACUGAACAUUCAUCUCAAUCAUGAAAAUACAAAUCUGUUCUUUUUUUUUCUGGUUCUAUGUGAAGUAUUCUCACACAUGUACACUGGCUGCUCCUUUUUUCCAUCCUUAUUCUCUGGAAAACAAUUAGAAAGAUAGUGUGUUUCCCACCAUCAUCCGCUGUACAUUGAACAUGAACGGCCCACGAAGUAUACAUUUUUCCUUUUUUUUUUUUUUUUUUUUGCACAACUGCAUAUCAUCAUCAUCAUAACUUGUAACCAUCUUAGCAUCUCCGGUACUGGAGAUUG